AUGACAUUCGGUGUUUUGAUUUCGCGAAGAGAAAAUACGAGGCGAUCCUUUUUCAAAGAGAUAAAAAGAUGAGCCGGCCAAAAUGGGACGUGUUAUGGUGCCCCUUUCAUUCCGACAGAUUCAUCACGUGGGACAACGAUUCCCUGUUGAGCCUCUACGAAAUUGGACCUCGGGACAACACCGUGCGAGAUAGUGAUCAAAUCUACUUACAAAUUUCUGAACACUCUGUCGCUGAACUUGUCUCAUCCGUCACCAUUAAUAGCUAUGCGAAAUGCGUUGACAUAUAUCCGCAACCAGAGCCAGAUAUCGUGGCAAGUGGCCACGCAAAUGGAAAGAUCGUUCUGAGUACCCUUAGUCCGGAAUUUGAUUACCAGGGACUUGUCGGGAGAGAAUUUUUUCCAAAAUACAUGCGGACAUGCAAUGUUGUUGCUUGGAAUCCUGUGGACACUCACCUGAUUAUGUCGGGGUUGGACAAACAUAGCAAAGAACACUCUGUAUUGCUGUGGGAUGUGCAGCAUUAUCCAAAAGGCUCCGAACGUUCGAUAGCAGAAGCUGGCAUAUCAGAAACUGUACAUUCCGCUGCUUGGUUUAAACACGAUUCGAGAUGUCUGGCUUUUGGUGCUAAUAACAAGCAAUUAAAAGUUGUUGAUUUUAGAGAUUCUGCAAAAGUGGUGAAUAACACAUCCACAAAGGCGGUAUAUAAUUUGUCGGUGAAUCCCCAUAACAAUUAUCAGCUACUCUCGCAUGUCGACAAUUUAAUCACAGUCUGGGAUACUCGAUGUUUUGAAAAACCAAUUGUUACUAUAGUAUCACAAAGGCAAGUUACCAAAGUGCUGUGGUGUCCAACAAGACGCAAUCUAAUUGGCACAUUGCAUAAAGAUUCAGCGGGUUUGCAUUUGUUUGAUAUCCAGUACUGUGGAACAGAAGAUACCGAGCCGGGUGUCCUGGAAAGAGUGGUUUUACCACCAUGGCAUAAUCCUAUAAGUUUUUCGUGGCAUCUAACCGAUGAAAAUCGAUUAUUGGCCAUAUCGUUGCAAGGAGUAACCGAUUAUACUGUAUGCGAGAGAAUAACACUUAAUUGGUCCGCUCGAUCGUGUCUUAUGUGGAAUUAUGCUUUUAAAUCAUUCAAAUAUAUAAACAGUGAAGAUAGCAUUUAUAAAGAAUUGAACGAUAUCUCAGUUUUAACUAAAAGACGUGCUAUGCUCGAAUAUGGCUUGCUUACAGAUUUAGCGCAAAAUGGCGACAUAGCUGAAAAUGAAACUUUAAAGAAUUUAUGGCAAUGGUUAUAUCUGAGUCGCUCUUUAAUAGAAGACGGCACUAUACAAAGCCCGGACAAUAAGCAUCCUGGUGUGAGGACAAUUCUGAAAUUGGAUAGUCAGCAGAACCUGGGUAAUGGUUUCUUAAAGUCGGAAGUCAUUCAUCGUUCCUGGGUGGAUAUAGGUUCGAAUUAUACAACAAAGAUUUAUAGAUCACCAGAUAGAGAAAAAAGUCUUCUUCUUUGCGGUUUGCGAUUUGACAAGGAAACCAAUACUACAUACGAUAACACAUAUCUGGAGAAAUUAGAGAGAGAAGGAGCGUACGCGAAAGCAGCGGCAUUCGCGGUAUUUAAUCUUUGCCUAAAACAAGCUAUAGAUAUUUUAAACCGAGGUGCCAGCAAAAAACAAACGACUAUUUUGAAUAUGGUGGCUAUGGCAUUAUCGGGUUUCUCUGAGGAACGUACCACGUUGUGGAGGGAAUCUUGUCAGAAAUCUAGAUCCCAAUUAUCGGAUCCUUACUUAAGAGCGACAUUCGGUUUCUUAACAGCAGAUAACGAUUCUUAUGAAAGUGUACUUAAUGAAAAUGGUAUGGCCGUCGCAGAUCGAAUAGCAUUCGCCCUUAUAUUUUUAUCUGAUAAUAAACUGUACGAAUACUUAAAAAGACUGACUCAGAAGUUAAUCGAAGAAGGAGAUUUAGCAGGCUUCUUACUUACAGGAGCAAGUAUGGAAAGUAUACAAUUAUUGAACAAAUAUUUAGAAAUCACGUCGGAUGUUCAGAGUUGCACUUUAAUUGCAAUCAGAGCUUUUGCACCCAAAUUGCUUCAGGAGAACCAAGUUCAAGUGUGGAUUACCAAUUACAGACAUCUUUUAAAUGCAUGGAAAUUGUGGUUUCAAAGAGCUAGAUUCGACAUUGCUAUGAGAUCCUCGACGCCACAAGAGAGACCACCACAACAGAUACACGUUUCUUGUAAUUUCUGUGGUAAAAGUAUAUCUGCUUUUAUGCAAGGUCUGAGCAGAACUAGAGUUCCAUUUGGUAGAUUAGGCGGUACACCUAAUAAAUUAAAGAUGACAGCGUGCCCAAAUUGCCGCAAACCUUUGCCACGUUGCGCGAUAUGUUUGAUGCAUAUGGGUACUGUUAGCGGUUUGCAAACUGCUCCUAGUCCUGGUGGUAGCAGGAGCGAAGAAUGUGAUAGCAGGCUUACAGAAUUCAACAGCUGGUUCACAUGGUGCCUAACAUGUAAACAUGGUGGACACAGCGAACAUAUUGCUCAGUGGUUUCGACAACAUACUGAAUGUCCAGUGACAUCUUGCAACUGUCGCUGUUCCUCCUUAGAUUAUACACGCAAUGCAACUGUGACAUAAGAGUAUGUAUCUGGCAUAAAUAGAAAUUUUUAAAUAUUCUUAUAUAAUGCUGACAAGGUGUCUACAAUUCUAGAAUUUCUUGUACAUUUAUUGAGUUUAAUUGGAUCAAUUUCAUGUACAAAGGACAGUGUAUCGCAAUUUUCUUUAUGGCAUUUCCAGUUUUGCAACCAUGAUUUAUGCCACAAUAGCUAAUAUUAUAGAAUGUAAAAAGUAUGAAACAGUAAACGAUUUGCAUAUAUUAUAAA